GCAACCCUGCCAAUAUGCGUGUUAGUUUGUUGGUAGUACAAAAUAAGAAAAAUAAAAGGUUAACAAUCACCUGACCCCUAUAUUAAAUACUUCUAUAUAUCGCAUGUAUACCUACAAUAGAGUUGAAGUUAUCGCUAACUCUGGCACAAUCGAUAUCAAGAAUCGAAAGUUUAAGCAGUUUGUAGUUGCGAGGGUGCAGAUAAGGUGGUUGCAUAUCAACAUAUUAAUGACGUUUUGGACACACCAUUAGGAGUGGAGAGUGACGCAUUGAUUUUGUGAAUUGUAAGUUAAUAAAAUAAAACAUCAUGGUGGCCACUCCUUAUUUGUUCAACGAAAUUGAAAAGAUAUUUCAGAAUACCCCAUUGUAUGCGAUUGUUUUAGAGGCGUUUCUUCUCCUCUCUGUGAUAUGGUUAUUGUUCUACAAACGCAAUGGUCGCAAGCGCUUUUCCAAAGAGGAAGAAGAUGAGAUAAUAUCAAAGUAUGUACCUGAGCCUUUGGUGGGUGAUACAGAUCCAAACCAUCCUUUGCUGCGGACACGCCUGGUGCGUUCCAAGGUUGGCAAACGGAUUGUAGUUGAUGGUAAUGACUGUCUUAAUUUAGCCACACAUAAUUAUUUGGGUCUGCUCGAAGACGAACAAAUACUAGAAGAUGCCUGUAAAAGCUUGCGAAAAUACGGCGUUGGAUCCUGCGGUCCUCGUGGUUUUUACGGUACUAUGGAUGUUCAUUUAGAUUUGGAAGAGAGAUUGGCCAGAUUUAUGCAAAUGGAGGAAGCUUUGGUAUAUUCUUAUGGAUUUUCAACUAUAGCAAGUGCUAUUCCGGCAUAUUCCAAACGUGGAGAUGUUAUAUUUGUUGAUGAGGCUUCAAACUUUGCUAUUCAAAAAGGUUUAGACGCUUCAAGGAGUACCAUAUAUUUUUUUAAACACAAUGAUAUGGAGGAUUUGGAACGCCUUUUGAAAGAACAGAAUCAACGAGACAUUAAGAAUCCAAGCAAAGCUGCUAAAACAAGAAGAUUUCUGGUAGCUGAAGCAAUUUAUAUCAACACCGGCGAAAUGUGUCCUUUACCUCAGUUGAUUGCAUUAAGAGCAAAGUACAAACUACGUUUUUUCCUUGACGAAAGUCUAUCUUUUGGAGUAUUGGGUGAAAACGGUCGCGGUCUUACUGAACACUUCAAUGUAGAUCGUGGUGAAGUCGACUUGAUUUCUUCCGGCAUGGAAUGGGCUGUUGCAUCAAUUGGAGGAUUUUGUGUGGGUUCUCACUUCAUAGUGGAACAUCAGCGUUUAUCAGGCCUUGGAUAUUGCUUUUCUGCCUCCUUGCCACCAUUGCUCGCUCAAGCUGCUAUAUCUGCACUCAACCGUUUUGAGAAAGAACCAAUUAUAUUUGCAGAAUUGCAAGAGAAAUCUAAAGCGGUACAUGCAAAAUUUAGUCAUCUAACAAAAUUAGCUUUAAAGGGACAUGAGCUAUCGCCUGUGAAGCAUUUGUAUUUAUCAGAAAAUGUGGAAAGUCCCGAAGAAGAGAGAAAAAUCUUAACAAAAAUUGUCGAUAAGUGUAUUUCUGAUGGUGUUGCUGUCGUAGAAGCCUGUUAUUUACAUAAUUUAGAGAAACACGUCGUACGCCCCAGUAUUCGGAUCACCACAAAUCGUCUUUUAAAAGACGAUGAAAUUGAAAAAGCCUUUAAUGUCAUUGAAAAUGCUUCUAAUAAUAUUAUAAGAACAAACUAAUGGUAUUCCAAUAGCAUAAGUUAAUUGUCUUUUCUUUGUCGUAUUUUACGUGCCUCAUGUAGACUUCUUAUUGACAAAAUGGAUUAAUUCUUUAUAAAUUUCUAUAAUAUAUAAGCGCAACAUCACAACACUAGCACAAUAAAAAUUAUUUGAAAAAAGAAAUAAGUAUAACAUA